AUGGCGCUCCCCCACUCGGCCGUCGAGGGCACCACCUUGGCUCAAGCCGGCCCUGGAGACGUGCCGGCCAUCAGAGAAAUCGUCCGCGCCGCCUACGCAAAGUACGUCGACCGCAUCGGCAAACCGCCCGCCCCCAUGGCGGCCGACUACCACCACCUCGUGAACCGAUCGGAAACGUCGUCGUCGACCCUGCCGCCCAGGGGUCGUGGGUACGGACGCGUGCUCCUCGAGUGCGCUGACCGUGUGGCGCGCGACCGGGGCCUGGCGGCUCUCACCCUCUUCACCAACGCCAAAAUGUACGAAAACUUGGCUCUGUAUGCGAAAAUGGGCUACAGCGAGGUCGGAAACAGGACCGAGUCUGGCCACGAGCGGGUGUACUUUCGAAAGGACCUGGUGGGCAUGGGCCUGGUCAGGGAACAAUGA